AUGUGUUCUUCGACGGUACGGCUAAACACAAGGACGUCGUCAAGUUAUACAAUUAAGGUGGAAAAUAUCCUAUCCCCAAGAGUCGCCCGGGCUUCGUGUCCAGACCUGGCUGGCUUGACCGGUGUGUCAGCAACGCCCCUGGCGGGAGGCUGGGCUGCCCUGACCUGCGAACCCGUCACGUCCCUCGUCUUGCCUUUCAAUGAACACGUCGUGCUGAGUCAGUGCGCGCGCGGGGAGUGGACUGUCCCGGAGGCGACCUGCGACGUCUCGGUUUUAGCGAUGUUCUCUUCGUGCCCGGACCCGACGCCGCAGCCGGAGAUGGCCGCCGUCAACAAGAGCUUCGCGAGUAUGGCCGGAGAGCAGGUGGCCGCCGUGUAUGCUUGUCAGCCGGGCUAUGCUUGGCUCUCUGGCCAGGACUUUGCAGUCACUCAGUGCUUAAACGGAAACUGGACGCCGAUCAUGGAUAUGUGUGAUACAGUUGCUUUUACCGAUGUAUCAACCAUCUUACACCCUUGUCUUUCCUCUCAGCGUGCUCAAUGCCAAGGGACUGCGCAGACAUCAGCCUGGUUAGGCUUUAACAGUUUCGGGGAUAUACAGGAUAAUGCCUUCAGGGAAUCCUAUGUUCGGUUUUAA